CCCCUGCUCUCUAAUCUUCUGUGCUAGCAAGUUCUAUGUUUGGGAGGGAAGGUUUAGAAGUGAGUGAGGAGUACAGAUACAGAUGUGCCAGCAAGGGAGACAUUCAGAAGUUACAAGGGAAGGAAGGCAGAGGGGAGUGGGAUAGAAGAGGAGUGAGAGGCACAAAGUGAUAGGGAUAGUCAAAAAGGGAAAUUGAACAGAGAAGAGAGGACCACAGUGAGAAGAUAUAGAAAGGUGGGAGUUUCAGAGGGAGACAGAAAGAGAGUGCUACAAGUCAACUCUCAAACUUCAAUUCUAGCUCUUGAAUUGCACACAUUAAUUUUAAGAGAGGGCUAACAAAAUAUUAUUUUUAAAUCAAUUUGGACUACAAUUUUUCCUUUACAAACUUUUGGAUUAAGAAUGGGAUUCAUUCACAGCUACCGGAAUAAAGACUGAAAAAGGGGAAGCAAUGGAUUACAAUUUCAUUAUCCAAAUAAAGCAUCAGGACCAAUGGCAACUGGGAAGAUAAUGCAAGCAAUUGACUUUACUGUACACAAAGCACGUGGAUUGUGCUACUGGAUCCUAUAUCCUUAAGGUCCUUAUUUGCCUGCAUCCUGGAAAGACUUUGGAAACAAUGGGAAACUAUGUCUUGUUUGUUUGGAUUUCUGCAAUCUCCCUGGGAUCAUUAUUAAUUAGCGCAGACAGUAAAAAGAGCAACACUUUCCUCACUGAGUCAGAUCCAAACCGGUGUAUGCGGCACCACUAUGUGGACUCUAUUAAUCACCCACAGCACAAAUGCACUGCAAAGAUGGUGUUGCUUGCUCGUUGUGAAGGACGCUGCAGUCAAACUUCUCGUUCUGAUCCUCUCGUCUCUUUCAGCACCGUUUUGAAGCAGCCUUUUCGCUCCACCUGCCAUUGCUGCAGACCACAGACUUCCAAGUUAAAAGCCAUCCGCCUACGCUGUUCUGGAGGCCUUCGUCUUACAGCCACAUAUCGUUAUAUUCUCUCUUGUCACUGCGAGGAAUGCAAUUCUUAGAGACUAAUUACAAACAAAGACAACUGGAUUGGGAAAUUGUAAUGAUGGACAGACAAUACCCACAAUAUGUAAAAUAUAUUUUUAUUGUUUGUUGAAAUUAUUAAGUGAAUUAAAUAUAAGCAACACAUAUAAUAUUGUCAGCCAGUCUGAAAUAAAAAAAGUGGGCAAUAAUCACAUUUCAGAGCCA